AUGUGUAGUUCUAUGCAGUUUUAUCACGUGUAUAAUUCAUAUAAUGAGCAUCAGGAUACAGAACUGUUCACCAACCCAAGGGAGCUUCCUUGUGCUACUCCUUUAGAGCCACCCCACCCCUACUGCCAGCCUCACCCUUGGCAACCACUCAUCUAUUUUCCAUCUAUUACUCUUUUGUGUAUAACCUUCACACUUGCUAAGAAGAAAAGUUUUAAUCUCUCACAGAGACAAAGCAUAUUAACAGGCAGUUUUUCAAUGUCAAUGGGAUUUUCAGACUUGAUUUUAAAUAAAUUCACUGACAUUUUUGAUACAGUGAAGUGUUUCUAA